CCCGGAAAUUCAAGUCAACACUCCUGAAACCCCAAUAAGACAAGCGCCCCCUAAAAAGUCUGUUGUGACCAGACUUUGGGACGUCCUGCAGCCUCUAGCAAGAUUGUGGGGUCUUAUAACAGCUGUGGAUUAUGUUCCCCAGUAAUGAGUGCAGCGGGCUCGGAGUUGCUGGUUCUUGGCUUCGAAAUAGCUCCGGCGCUUAUUGCGGGUGCGGCAGCCGUACUCAUCCUAGAAACAAUGUGGGUAGCAGCUUUGUUCGUAGACCUCAUCUGCAGAAGAGGCGAAUACACACUGGGACUCCGUUGUUGGGACUUCUUCCGAUGGUCGUGUGGGCGCGCACGUGCACCUUUCUAUGCUUGCAUAGCUACUGCAUUGUUAUUCGCUAACCUCACUCCUCUUUCAACUGUCACAGGUGGAAUGCUGCUAACUCUAGCAGCUCUACGUGCCAUAAUUCCAUUUUCGCCUUAUGCUACCCACGGCCCUCACUCGCCCCGAGCUGGUAGCUCUUUGCUCAGCCAAUACGAUUCCCCACUUCCAGAUGUCUUCUACAAUGCAGCGCAUACUGGUGAUGACAGAUGCGAAGAAAUGACUGUUAUCGGUGUAAAGACGCCUGAAAGAUCUCGUUCGGUCACACCGAAACCUCCUCUGUUGGAACUAUGAAUUAUCGUAGUUAACUAUAAGUACUUAGUAAAUUAACAUUAUUCUGGACUCUACAUUAUUCAUUCGUUAUUGUGGUAGCAAAGUCUCGCUUUAAAAUAGCUAAUUUAUAAUAAACAAGGGGUAAAAAUAAGAAUCUAGCGUAUAAUUAGGGCUAUUUAUUGAAUACUUUUGUAAUUUUAUACACCAGAACAACUGUGAUAGCUUAGAUUGUAGAAUCUACGUGCGCCAAUCAGUCAUUGUAAACAUUUUGUUAGUUAUAUUGUAAAGUUAGUCAUUAUAAGGGUUCAGACAUUUCAAAGACACCAGGUCAAGCCAUUUACUUGAUGUGCAUAAUAUUCAAGCGAUGCUGUGAUGUAUCGCAUUGUUGCCUGAAGCCUUACACCACUUUUCAAUGUAUGACAUGGACUAAGCGCAAUAAAAUAAAAGACAGAAAUAACUGCUCUAGCUACAAAAGAAGGUAAUAAAGAAGUUGCUAAUUCAUUUGUUUUUGACUAAGUACUGCAUAAUAUGAGUACGCUGCCUUCAUUAUCUGCAAAGAAAGUCAUCAGUGGGUUAGUAUGGCGGAUUUCUAUUAUUUGUUUCUUUUGGGUCAUCAAGGAAAGGUCACACCGCGAGUGAAGCUAAGCUAAAUUAGCUUGUCUCACGUGGUCGCGGCAGUUUUUAUACAUCUGUUAACAUCGCUAUCUAAGCCAACCGAGCUGACUCAACUAUGUGGGUUAACUACCCAGCGAUCCCAGUAAGCUGAGUAGACUCUGUCGCCUUUCACCCCCGUGCGGGGAAAGACUAGCGUCGAGUACUCAGUCACUACGAUACCUCCAAUGAACACUACGGCAAUUUUUUUUUUCAUUUUCUGUUAUUUUUGUAAACAGCCAUAUUUAUUUACUAUAUUAUGCUCCCCGAAUACUUUGAAAAAAAAAAAAGAAAAACUAAGCACAGUUGGCUUAGCUCGCAUCGCCUGCUGCAUGCAGCUAUGUGGGGUAAGCUAACGUAGGUUAGUUUCGCUUGCGGCGUAGCCUCUCCUCUCGUUUUCACUUCUAUGACAAAUUUUAACCAAGAAUUAAUUGAUUUAAGAUUGAUUUGUCUAUAAUUCGAUUCUUGAGAUUUACUCGUACUAGAAAAUCUAUAUUUUUUUUGCGAAUUUGUUGUUCUUCUUCCUGUCCUUAUCCCACGCUAGGUGGGGUCUGCACAACAAUUGUAUGUUGUUCAUCCAUCCCAUUUUUUCUUUAAAGAAGACUAGAUUAUUGGCAAUGAAAGUAUUUUUUACGAAUCUAACACCGUGUAUAUUUAUUCAAACAAACCAACGUUUCGGGUUGUUUAUUGGUCCCAUAGGCACGACUGAUACGGAAA